AUGCGAAUCAAUCCUACUACUUCUGGUCCUGAGGUUUCUGCGCUUGAAAAAAAAAAUCUGGGACGUAUCGCCCAAAUAAUUGGUCCGGUACUAGAUGUAGCUUUUCCCCCAGGUAAGAUGCCUAAUAUUUACAACGCUCUGAUAGUUAAGGGUCGAGAUACUGUUGGUCAACAAAUUAAUGUGACUUGUGAAGUACAGCAAUUAUUAGGAAAUAAUCGAAUUAGAGCUGUAGCUAUGAGUGCGACAGAAGGUCUAAUGAGAGGAAUGGAAGUGAUUGACACAGGAGCUGCCCUAAGUGUUCCAGUAGGUGGAGCAACUCUAGGACGAAUUUUCAACGUGCUUGGAGAGCCCAUUGAUAAUUUAGGUCCUGUAGAUACUCGCACAACAUCUCCCAUUCAUAGAUCUGCGCCUGCCUUUAUACAAUUAGAUACAAAAUUAGCCAUUUUUGAAACAGGAAUAAAAGUAGUAGAUCUUUUAGCUCCUUAUCGUCGUGGAGGAAAAAUAGGACUUUUCGGUGGAGCUGGAGUGGGUAAAACGGUACUGAUUAUGGAAUUGAUCAAUAACAUUGCCAAAGCUCAUGGAGGUGUAUCUGUAUUUGGCGGAGUAGGUGAACGUACUCGUGAGGGAAAUGAUCUUUAUAUGGAAAUGAAAGAAUCUGGAGUAAUUAAUGAACAAAAUAUUGCAGAAUCAAAAGUAGCUCUAGUAUAUGGUCAAAUGAAUGAACCGCCCGGAGCUCGUAUGAGAGUUGGUUUAACUGCCCUGACUAUGGCGGAAUAUUUUCGAGAUGUCAAUGAACAAGAUGUACUUCUAUUUAUCGACAAUAUCUUUCGCUUCGUCCAAGCAGGAUCUGAAGUAUCUGCCUUAUUGGGUCGAAUGCCUUCUGCUGUGGGUUAUCAACCCACUCUUAGUACUGAAAUGGGUUCUUUACAAGAAAGAAUCACUUCUACCAAAGAGGGGUCCAUAACUUCUAUUCAAGCAGUUUAUGUACCCGCAGACGAUUUAACCGAUCCUGCGCCUGCUACGACAUUUGCACAUUUAGAUGCUACUACUGUACUAUCAAGAGGAUUAGCGGCCAAAGGUAUCUAUCCAGCAGUAGAUCCUUUAGAUUCAACCUCAACUAUGCUCCAACCUCGAAUCGUUGGUGAAGAACAUUAUGAGACUGCGCAAAGAGUUAAACAAACUUUACAACGUUACAAAGAACUUCAAGACAUUAUAGCUAUCCUUGGCUUGGACGAAUUAUCCGAAGAAGAUCGCUUAACCGUAGCAAGAGCACGAAAAAUUGAGCGUUUCUUAUCACAACCUUUUUUCGUAGCAGAAGUUUUUACCGGUUCGCCGGGGAAAUAUGUUAGUCUAGCAGAAACAAUUAGAGGGUUUAAAUUGAUUCUUUCUGGAGAAUUAGAUGGUCUUCCUGAACAAGCCUUUUAUUUGGUAGGUAAUAUCGAUGAAGCUACUGCGAAAGCUACGAACUUAGAAAUGGAGAGCAAUUUGAAGAAAUGA